GCUGCCCCCCUCCGCUCUGCCCUCCCCUGCCCGCCUCGCCUUCCCCCAACCCUCUCUCUCUCUCUCUGCCUCCUCCGCCAAGCUCAGCUCAGCUCCCCUACUCCACUCCCCUUCCCUGUUCCCACCACAUCACGUCCACACGUCGCCAUUGUCGCCCGACCACACUCCGCUCCGCGCGACGGCGUCCUCCCGCCAACCUCCUCACCGAACGCCAUAAUGCGCGGGGCGAGCAGCAGCAGUAGGUAGGUACACUCGGCUCGAGAGAUCCUUUUUGAGUUUUGUUUCUCCCUCCGGGCUAGACCGCCCCGCCCCCGCGCACGCGCGAUGGGGUGCAAGGGCUCCAAGCUCGACAGCCAGGAGGCGGUGGCGCUCUGCCGCGGCCGCGCCGACCUCAUCGCCGCCGCCGUGCGCCACCGCUACGCGCUCGCCGACGCGCACGCGGCGCUCGCGGGAUCCUACGACUCGCUCGCCGCUCCGCUGCACCUCCUCCUCCAGCUCCAGGCCGCGCCGCCGCGCCUCUCGCUGCCCUCGGGCCGCAAGGGCGGCCGUCGUGGCGGCGGCCUGCCGCUCCCGGACCCGGACCGCCAUCAUUCCUCGCAUGUCGACUUCGAGCCCACGUCGUCCUCCGGAUCCGACUCGGCCUCCUCAUCGCCCCCCGGAUCGCCUCCCCGCCGCAUCCCCGAGCAGCUUCUCCCGCAGCCGGCUUACUACGGGUACGCGCCCCAGCCCGCGUUCGCCUACCCGCCGCCGCCGCAGAGCACGCUGCAGUUCUACUACGCGCGCAGCCGCCCGCCCCCGGCCUCGGUCGCCGUCGCGCAGAGCGCGCCGGUGUCGGAGCGCGCGCGCUACGGCGCUUUCGACGCGGCAACUGGCGGCGGCUACACGCAGUAUUACGCCUACGGUGGUGAGCCGGCCGCGGCUGUGCAGCCGCCGCCCCCGCCGCCGCAGAGGGCAGCGGCUCCGGCUCCACUUCCGCCGCCCCGGGAGAGCUCGUCGUGGGACUUCCUAAACGUGUUCGAGAACUACGGCGACUCGUACGACAGCUGCUACUACUACAACCCCACCACCACCACCACCGCGGCUACCGCCGCCGCCGCCGCCGCGUACACGCCGAGCCGCAGUUCACGCGAGGUGCGGGAGGAGGAGGGCAUUCCGGAGCUGGAGGAGGAGGGCAUUCCGGAGCUGGAGGAGGACGACGAGGAGACCGUCGUAGUGAAGGAGAUGGCGAGCGAGUACUCCACGGUUGGAAGCCGUCGCGGCAUGUUCGGUGCCGUCAACAACAUCCCGGAGGUUGACAACCGGAGGAAUGCACAACGGAGGCGACCAGCAUACCGUAAUGUGGCCCCGCUGACACGAGAACCGCCGGCGCAGGGGGUUGUCGGCAAUGCGGUGGAUGCUGCCACCGCGGUUAAGACGCAGCUUGUUCGGGUGGCCGAGGCGGCAAGGGAGCUCGCGCCGCUGCUCGAGGUCGGGAGGCCGAGCUACCAAGGACGCCACUCCGUUUACCACGCUGCAUCAUCGCGGAUGAUGUCUGCAAUCUCUGUGCCGCAUCUGGGGUGCAAAGACGAGGACAUGUUGGGCAUGGUAGUUGGCGAAGAAGGGAAGGUGGUGGGCUCCUGGAGCUUAUCCUUGACACUAGAGAAGCUAUACUUCUGGGAGAGGAAGCUGUAUGGUGAGGUCAAGGCUGAAGAGAAAAUGCGUUUACGUCUUGCCAAAAACUCCAAGAGAUUAAAGCUUCUAGAUCAAAGGGGUGCUGAAGCUCAUAAGGUUGACGCAACUCGAAAUUUGCUCAGGAAGCUGUCAACAAAGAUAAGAAUAGCUGUUCGUGUCAUUGCCAAGGUUUCAAGAAAAAUUAACAAAGUAAGGGAUGAGGAACUAGUGCCACAAGUCAAUACCUUGAUCCAAGGGUUUGCAAAAAUGUGGCAAGACAAGCUACACUCCUACCAGAUUCAGUUGCAAGUGAUAUCAGAAGCCAAGAACAUGGCUUUGGUCAUAUCAGGCGGAAACGUCCGUGAUUUGGCAACGGAACUGGAACUAGAACUGAUUAAAUGGAUCAUCAAUUUUUCCUCUUGGGUGAGCGCGCACCGGAACUUUGUAAAGUCACUGAACGGAUGGCUAGCACUCUGCCUCAACUACGAGCCUCAGGAGGCGCCCACUUACUCGCCCGGGAGAAUAGGCGCUCCAGUGAUUUUCGUCAUCUGCAACAAAUGGUCCCAAGCCAUGGACAGGAUCUCCGAGAAGGAUGUGAUCAACACAAUGCAAGCCCUUGUGUCAAGCGUGCGCCAUCUGUGGGAGCAGCAAAACCUGGAUCAAAGCGAGAGAAUCGUCGCGGUUCGAGAGAGGGAGAAGUGGAUCAAGAUGUUGGAGAGGAAGGCGGUGGAGAUCAACAAGGAUGCCGACGAGCUGAACAGGAAGCUGGCCUUGGUGCCGGGCCAGCAGCAGAGCUUUCAGCGGUGCCCGACGAUACGAACGUACGAGGCGCAUUGCAUCGAAGCGAGCAGCGUGCACGUGAACCUGAGGCUGGUGCUUGAGGCCCUGGAGAGCUUUGCUUCCAGUUCCCUGGAAGCUUUCCAGGAGAUACCGAGGCUAGAUGAAGAGGUGACAAGAUCGUCAAGAGGGAGCUCGAGGGUACGAACGGUGACUCACUAAAGUGAUGUUCGAGUAGCAAGUCCAGCUUGUGAGGUGUUGUCCAGAACUUGCAGUCUGUGGAUUUGGAUGAGUAGUCUGUAGUUUCAUGGUGAUGCUGGUGGCCUGGUAGCGUUUUGGUGGGGGGCAUCGGCGGUGCCGAUAUCCGCUUGUAAUUAGCUUUUGUUUCACUGAAGCGUCUGUGGGCUACGCUUGUGUAAGAUAUGUCUAUGGUGGUAUGGUGGUGUCCUCUUUUCUAAUGGAAAAUGUUGGGCCUA